AUGGGCGAAGCAUUUACCAAUUUCCUUGGGGGAUCACCACUCAAUCGUCUAUCAUGGCUGAGGACAUCUCAUUCAUUCCUCAAUGCAGUCGUUGUUUCACCUACGACGAGGUGGAUCUUAUUCAAUGGGGGUCAGCCGCUUAUCGCUUCUCAUCCUGGCACACAGACACGAAGUCUAGCGUUAUUGAGCACCGACGACGUUAAGCCCUUGCUCGGCGCAGAGCCGUUCUUUGGGCAAUGCGAGCAGGAAGGAGAGCACUGCGCACCCGAUGUACCCGUUCUUGAGGCUGCCCGAGUUCGAGGGCCACCAAUAGUCUUCCUGGGCUUGGAAGAGGCGGAAGCUUCAGGCAGUGCUCUUCCGUCUUCCGACUUCAAAGAUCCCCAUGCUGCUGUCGAGAAACUUAAAGGAACUCCUUACUUCUCUGUGGAUGUUGUGGACCUUGAUGAGAAUAAGAUUAAUGAAGUCAUAGAGAACACCGAGCUUGCAAAGGAUGGCUCGACGCUUGCUUUUUUGGAGCCACGUGCGGCGAUGUCAAGCCUUGAUGUAUAUACCGCAGGGAUCUUUGCGGAGGCUCGGAGCAUGUUCUGUCCUGCGUGCGGUUCACCCGUAUAUUCCUUGUGGGCCGGCUGGAAGCUCGCUUGUACGUCUCUACUUCCCUGGGCCGACAACGCGGACAAGAAACCUUGUCCCUCUGGGCAAGGGCUGCAUAAUUUUGCUCAUCCUCGGACGGAUCCCGUCGUAAUCAUGGCCGCCAUUGAUGAAUCAGGGGAGAAAAUCCUUCUCGGGAGAAAUAAAAAAUUCCCUGUAAAGUUCUACUCUGCGCUUGCUGGCUUCAUUGAGCCAGGCGAGUCCUUCGAGGACGCCGUAAAGCGGGAGAUGUGGGAGGAGGCUGGAGUGAAGGUCUGGAAUAUCCGAUAUCACUCUGGACAGCCUUGGCCGUAUCCAGCCAACUUAAUGGUCGGCUUUUAUGCGACUGCUGAUUCUUCUGCCCCGAUCCGUACUGAUUUGGAUAACGAACUUGAAGAUGCUCGGUGGUACACCAGAGAGGAAGUUCUUGCUGUCUUGAGACAUCCUAGUGGGACUAACUUCUCUCGCCGUGACUACAAGAAGCUCGCGGAGAUUCAAGAUGGUCCUGACAACAAGCCCGCGACCAACAACACCCAGUCGGGCGCAGAAGUUAAUAGCAACAACGAGCUGCCCUUCAGGAUCCCUUCGUCGACUGCAAUCGCGGGUGUUCUCAUUCAGCAUUGGGCAGAAGGAAAGAUACUAGUAGGAGCGGAUGUCAACGGGUUUACAGCGAAGGGUAAUCUAUGAUUAGAUAGGUAAAUUCUAUAGAAGUACGACAUUUUAGAAGCUGGAAGGAGUGUAUAUAAACAGUGGAAGGAGUGUGUCAAAACACCUGGAACGAGUGUGUAAAAUCAAGGAGUGUAUCAAAGCAGCUGGAAUGAGUGUAUCAAUGACGACCUAUCUAACGCCCCAUGGCAUCGAUGAUAGAGUCAAGGAGCAUAUCGUUGUAAUCACCACCCGCCUCCCACAUCGAGAAACCGCGCAGCCCGGCUUCUUUAAUGAAUUCGCCCUUGGCAGCAAAUGACUUGGUGUUGUCGAAGGAAACCAUAACUUGUGAGGUUUCAU